AUGCCGUCCACACCAGAAAUUGUCGCGGGGACGAGCUCAUCUAUCCUCAGGCUUGCUGCCUUCGUCUUUCUAAGAUGGAUCCCCGGCUGGCCCUGGCCUCCGACCGUACUGACGGCGCUGGCGAUCUAUCUGACCACUGUCUUCGGUUGGCUGUUCCCACAUCCCGACGAGGACGAGAACAAGCAACGUGAUGAGAAGGAGGCGCCAACCAUACACGACCAUGACGAGCCGGUAUUGUACGAGGACGAGAAAGCUCUAUUCAAGACACUCGUGUUUGGAAUACCCGACUGGCGUCACCCCGCAAAGAGCUACCUGACAAUUGCGGCGAAUGUCCUGCUAGCAUUGUUCACCUUGGAUCUGGUCUUCCGAGGCCCUCUCCUUCAUGCGGAGAAGGACUUGAGCUUCGCGCGAGUUGGAUAUGUCGAUACAACUUCUGCAAAAGUGUUGAUCAGGGAGCCGGACCCAGCUCAAUUCCCCAUAUACGUCUACCUGUCGCCAGCCGACAAGACGCAAUGGAAGACCACCGACACAAUAUAUUGGAUGGGCUCGGACACGGAUUACACUCAUGCGCUUACCUUUGACGGUCUCCAGCCCGCAAGGAAGUAUAUCUAUUCGCUUUCCAAUGACAAGUCCGGGACCUUCACCACAGCGCCCGCACCGUACUCGGACGCAGCCAACAGCUUGACCUUCCUCACCUCGUCGUGCAUCAAGGCCAAUUUCCCCUACCGUGCUAAUGCGCACUCGCUGGCAAUCCACGGCUUCGGCUAUCUGUCCAGGGUCGUCCGGUCCUUACCGUCUCCGGCCUCAUUCAUGCUCUUCCUAGGCGACUUUAUCUACGUGGAUGUGCCCAUCCGGCUGUCCUACUCGUUGGCACAUUACCGGGCAGAAUACCGCCGCGUGUAUGCUUCCCCAUCAUGGUCACUGCCCGGGCUUGACGCUCUGCCCUGGAUCCACACUCUCGACGACCAUGAGAUCGCAAACGACUGGUCCGCUGGGAACGAGACCGAUCCCUUCCCUGCGGCCUCAGACCCCUUUAUCCACUACCACGUCUCCGUCAAUCCACCCGUCCCACCAGGAGCACCCACCGGCCCCGAAAGCAAUACGACGUACUUCCAAUUCUCGCACGGCCCAGCCUCGUUCUUCAUGCUCGACACCCGGCGGUACCGCACCGACCCCGAACCAGAAUCAACCUCAUUCUCGCCAUCGGCCUCGCCCAAAACUGCAAUCCCUGGGUCGUCUGCGGAAUCGUCCAACUCCAAUCCUCACAGCAUGCUCGGCGCUCAACAGCUCUCCUCGCUGCUGAGCUACCUCUCCACCCCCGAACCACCGCACAUACACUGGAAAAUCAUCGCCAGCUCCGUGCCCUUCACCAAGAAUUGGCGCUUCGGCACCUCGGACACGUGGGGCGGCUUCCUCGGCGAACGCGCACGGAUCCUCCAAGCCAUGCACGACGCAGAGCGGGUCCUGGGCAUCCGCGUGAUCAUCCUCUCCGGCGACCGACACGAAUUCGCAGCAAUAAGGUACCCGCCACCCGUGAUCUCGCUAGCACCCAUCGCAACCGGACCGGUCCCGGCAUCACUAUCUUCUUCUCUUACCUCCGCGACCGAAGCCACAGAUACAGAUACACCCAUCCAGCGCGAUCAAACCCCCGCGGCAGGCCCGCACGAAUUCUCAUGCGGCCCACUAUCGAUGUUCUACCUCCCCUUCCGCACCUUCCGGCAGAUCGACGACGAGGACGUGCCCAUCACGUACAUCCCCGACGGGAACAGUAAAGUCGGGGUGGUCGAGAUCCGGAACCUCCGACGCGACGCAGGACCUCAGCAAAGUCUCUUGAAAUACAGCCUCUACGUCGACGGCCGCCUCACGUGGGAGUACGCGCUUAGCAGUCCGGGUACUACCGCGAGUGCCUCGUCGAGGGGGGUGCUGGGUGGGGACGACAAUCGUCGCGCACAGGCGUGGAGAGGGUGGUUUCAAGGAAUAGGCUUACCGCGUGGCUCAGGGUCGUCGCGGUCGCGGUCGCGGUCGCGGUCGCGGUCGCGGUCGCGGUCGCGAUCGCUGUGGGAGUAA